AUGAAGCGUGGAAACGAAGAUGCCAGCGAUGGUGCGAAUGAGGAGCAAGUGUCCGCAGAGCAGGAUGGUUCCAACGAUGAGCAGAAUGCGAAAAAUAAUGCUCAGGCUGAGGAUUCGUCCGAUUCCAGCACAAAGUCUUCGGUGAAGCGAAUGCGGUCCGAAGAUCAGGAGGUUCGGCUGUUGAUUCCGAGCAAGAUGGCUGGGGCAAUCAUUGGAAAAGGAGGCCAUAAUAUCCAAAAGCUACGGACAGAGUAUCAAGCCCAAGUGAAUGUAGGCGACUGUACUGGCCCCGAACGUGUUCUUACUAUUGGUGGCGAUAUGGAGACGGUGACGAAAGUCGUGAAAGACGUGAUGAAGCAUCUUGAUCGGGCUGGAGAUAAUGAGUACGAGCUGAGAAUACUGAUCCAUCUAAGUCUGGCCGGAUGUGUCAUCGGUCGCGGUGGCAGCAAAAUCAAGGAGAUAAAGGAUGAAAUUGGAUGUCGGCUGAAGAUCUUCUCGAACAUACCACCGCAAAGUACAGACCGCAUUGCUCAAGUGAUAGGCAGCGAGGAACAAUGUCUGAAGACACUGAACGAGAUCAUCAAGCUGAUCAAAGGCACACCGAUAAAGGGUCCGGUACAUAACUACGAUCCGCACAACUACGAUGACAUGUAUGCGGACGAGUAUGGUGGCUACGGUAUCGGUGGCGGUGGCGGUGGUGGCAGCGGUGCUUUCCGCAAUGGUGGCCGUAAUGCGGGCGGUGCUGCACCCGGUAGCGGAUACGAUCGACGCGGUGGCGAUCGGUACGAUGAUCGAGGCGGCCGCUCCAACCGUGGGUACGAUCGGGGCAAUGAUCGUGCCAACCGUGGUGCGGGAGCAGGUGUUGGUGGAGGUGGCGGCGGUGGAAUGAGAGAUCGAGACUACAUCAACCCGUGGGCGAAUCCCAUCAAUGGAAAUAAUAUGGGUGGAAGCUUCGGGGGUGGCAACAGCCUCGCCUUGGGUAAUCUCGGAAGUCUGAAUCUGGGGGGUGCCGGUGGCAAUUUGGGCAACGGUAGCCUGGGAAACUUUGGCGGUGGUAACAACGGUGCUAUGGAUAACAAAGCCUCAACGCAGGUUACAAUUCCCAAAGAUCUGGCUGGUGCCAUCAUUGGCAAGGGAGGCGGUCGGAUACGUCGCAUUCGGAAUGAAUCCAACGCUUUCAUCCAGAUAGACGAAGCCUUACCUGGAUCGAAUGAUCGAAUCAUUACGAUUACGGGAACACCGAAGGAAAUUCAAGCCGCGCAGUACAUGCUACAGCAAAGCGUUCGUGAAAACCUGAGCGGUGGCGCCGGAUCGGGUGGCGGUUUCAAUCGCAACUAA